UUCAGUUGUCAUCUUUGGAGCUCUGUGAAAAUGAAAUCAUUUUGCGGUGCUGUCAAAUGCCAUGGUAACAUUUUGUAUAUGAAAAGUUCCAAGAACUAAUCCACAAAUGUACUCCUAUGACUCUGCAUUUUGGUUGAAGUAAAGAUGUGAUGCACUAUAGGUUGAGGUAAAGUUGCCUUUGACUUUUUCCAUUUUUGGUGUUUGAUACAUUUUAGACAAUGAACUGGCUUUUGUGUGUUUUCCCAGGUACUGGUGCACUUAUGACUUUUAAGCAAAAACUACAAUUUUAAAAUUACACAUGUGCAGUGCAGCUAUGUUUUUUCAUGCAAAAGCUGAAAUUGGAUGCACAUAACAACCAGUGCAGCUAACUACCCUAGAAUGUAAAUGGCCUGAUUUGCAGAUGCUGAUGAAGUAAAUGCAUGUUAAAAUAUUUUUCAUGCAGGCAAGAGAGCCUCAACCUUUCUAAAGUUGAUCCUCUAAACUACAUAGUAGAAGUCAGUGGCUCCUCCUGAAUGAACCUUUUCCAAUUCCACUACAUCUUUUUUGAGAGGGGCGACUACAUCUGUAUCCAAUGUCACCAUUAAGAGCAUAAGAAUGGCAAAAGGUCCAGUUAACCCAGUAUCUAGCAGUGGCCAGGUCCAGGUGCCCCAGAGGGAAUGAACGGAACAGGCAAAUACAACUUUGACCGGAGGCGCCGCCCAGGACUCCCCCGGACCUUGACCCUGAGGCCUGGCCCAGCUGUUCGACACUGCCAGCACCAGGAUCCCAGCUGAGCUCCACUGACCUGCAAGUGGCAAAGGACUGGACUGGACCGCUCCGGUGGGAUAAGACCCUCCUGUACUCCCUGCCUCUGCCGCCCGACACCCAGAUAACACAAGCAUAUCUAAGUGACUUCUACUCUUGACUCAGCAAAUUGAUGAUGAAAAUAAGGAAACUUUGGGAUUACUCCUAUCCGCUUCCCUGGACAAUGGAAGAAGAACCAUUCACCUCUACUUUGUUGCCAUCCGGGAAUGUUCUGCCAGAUGGUAGCUUGACCCUGGAACAGAAAACCACAUUUGUCUUUGUGAUAUUAUUAUUUAUUUUCUUAGGCAUCCUCAUUGUCCGAUGCUUCCGAAUUCUCUUAGACCCUUACAGGAGUAUGCCAACCUCAACCUGGGCUGAUGGACUUGAUGGGCUAGAGAAAGGCCAGUUUGAUUAUGCCCUAGCUUAGAUUGAGUACUUAGAAAUAUUAUUUAUAGGAAUUUGUUUUUUAAAAUAACAUCUGGAAUGUAGAUUUCUUUCUUUCCAAUUUUCUCAGAUAUUCUAAAAACUGCCUUGCAUGAAUGCACAAAAUAUUUUUUAAAUAAAUGUCAAAGCAAGUCUAACAUUUGAAGGAGGGGAAAAUAUAAAGCAAAGUUUUAACUUGCACCUCUGCACUUCAAAGCAUAUUGGAACAAUAUAUAACAUAGAUAGUAUCUUAUGACUCCAGAAUAUUACUUUGAUGUGUAGAUACUGGAGAAAGCCCUAUAGUUUGAAAGUAGCUAUCUUACAAUCAUCAGUAGCUAUAUAGGUGGAGUAAGAAUGUUUUUAUAAGCUGUAUGUGGCAAUUAAAUCAACAUUUUAAGCCUCCCUGGUUUUUUAAAUAAAUGUACAAGAGGGUGUCGGGAGGACGAGAGGGGAGUAGAGAAGAAGUUGAGGAAUCGUAUAGUAACCAUGUGGCCUUUGUGAGGCUGGUCCUAUUCCAAACUCUGUCACUCAUUUGCUGGAUGACUUUGGGAAAAGUCACUUUACUGCUCUGUACCUCAUCAGUAAAAUAGGGAUAAUGAUUUAAAGUUCUUUGAGAACUACUGAUACAAAGCACUAUGUAGAAGUUAGGUUUUUCUAUUACUAUCUAACCACAGCAUUCGCUUA